AUUAAAUUUAUAAUGGCUCUCAUAGAAAAAGAGUUUGAUCGAGCAAUGCCUAUGGAACCGGAAGGAGUGUUCAUAAAAUCAGAGCCAGAUUGGGACGAGGAACCGGAUAUCCGGACAGAGGGAGAAAUCAGAAUGGCGCUGGAGCCAGCGGUCCAUCAGGUCUAUAUCAAAGUGGAGCCUCAGGAAGUUGAAGUGAAGGUCGAGUCUUUGCACGAUGACCAGGCACCUGAUCGGGUAAAUGGAAAAACAGGUCGGUCGUCAAGUGUCACGGGGGACCGUGAGGAGGUACCGGAACUCAAGCGUGCCCUCUGCGAAGAUCAACACCUAAGGAAUAUCCCUCUAUCAGAAGACCUCAAGAAAAACGCAAAGAAACGUAAAUCUAGACGUAAAAAAAUCUCGUGCGACGUUUGCAAAAAACAGUUUCCGAAAACGGCGCAUUUGAAACGACACCAAAGGAUACACACUGGUGAGAAACCAUACUCGUGUGAAGUAUGCAAAAAACAGUUCGCCCAUCUCUUCGCGUUUAACAGGCAUAGUCGCAACCACACUGGUGAGAAACCGCACACCUGCGAUAUAUGCCAUAAACAGUUUACAGAAUUGCAUAAUUUGCUAACACACAAACGAAUACACACCGGUGAGAGGCCGUACGUCUGUAACAUAUGCCGAAAACCUUUCAUAAAAAGCACCGAUUUAAAUAAGCAUAAAAGAGUCCACACUGGUGAAAAGCCGUUUGCUUGCGAGAUAUGUAAAAAACAAUUUUCUUCAAGCGGUAAUUUGACCAAGCACAUAAGAACGCAUACGGGAGAGAAACGUCAUUGCUGCAUGAAAUGUGAUAAGCAAUUUACAAAGAGAAUCUAUCUGGAAAAACAUACUCUACUACACAGUGAGGAAAAGCCAUAGCCUGGU